UUGAAAUAAGAUCCAGUCUUAAUUUCGGGGAAAAACGGUACUAACGGGAACGCGGAACAGUCCCAAGUUGCGCAAUAAUUGAUUACGUCGUCGUAAUUACAGCAAUCUUGGGGCCUUAAACUAGGUCGAAUGUGAACUGCAAACGUUCAAGCCAUAUUACACAGGUUGUUCCCGAGUGGAAAUGUUUAGACAAAUAAGAUAGAAAAGCCUUCCUCAAUGUGUAUUUUGAGAAUCAUUUCAAAUCAUGUGAUCAAGUAUUCAUUGUAUAUUAUGUUCGUAUUUUAUUUCAUUUGGGUAAACCUAAAGGGAAUGAAAUAUAUAUGUAACUUAGUACAUGUAAUCAAACCGAUGUUCGGAUUCCAGUGGGCAGAAGUUGUACACUAUAUCAUAGGAACGCGUAGGCGCGCUCUCAUUAUGAAAUUGAACAAUUAGAUGGUAUUGUGUUACAACCAUGUUUUGACUUUUAAAAGCGAAAUCAUUAUUUCGUAUCCAUUAACAGGAACGACUGACGAGAGGAAUCGACGAGAACAAAAAUCAUGGCGAACUCAAACAACAAGCCAAGACCGCACUGUCUUUCCAUAGUUUUGUUGAUUAUUUUGUCAUUAAUUGUAGGUGGACUAGUACUCGGAGUGGCAAUUUAUAGAGAUUCCCAAAUCAUUGCCGGCCUAGGUCGUACUGAAAUUGGACUGAAGGACCUGAAAGACGGAGUUGCAAAAAUACACGCAAAGGUUCGACAUGGAAUUUCAGCAGGAAAUCUGACUGAUGAGGCAGUAGAAGAUGUUCUGAACCCGGCUCUGGAAGACUUGGAAAAAGAUUUGAAAAAUCAAAUCGAUCUCCUAAACGCAAAAGUCGAUCAAGUAAUCAACAAGGCUGCGGGUAGCGAAGACAAAUUUAAACAGCUUCGUGCGAUAGUAAUAUUAGCAGCAUGUGGAUCUGGAUUGGCAAUUAUACUCUUCAUCGUAAACAUAGUCCUACUAGUCUGCUGGAAAAUCAGAAAAAAUCGUGGUCAGCCAUAAUGUGGACUUGGUGUUGAUAAAAAUGCUGUAGCUUGCGAUGUUGUAUAUACUUUUUGUUUAUGAAAAUUAUAUCAAAGAACUGCAUGAGAUUGAACUAGCUUUCGGUUUCAUAUUUAACUAUUGUAUAUUGCCUUCUAUUUUUUGUUUCAUUGUAUAAAUUCAAACGCUUCAUUAUACGUCAUACAAUGCGUCUUAAAUGCAAUGAUAGGAUGAGCGUCAGAAAGGUGUCAAAUAGAAAAAGGAGAAUUUUCCAGUCGAAUUUCCAAUUUUGUAUCGAUAAAAUUUAUUCUCAUUGAAACCUGGGCAUCGAAUGGGAUUUCAUCAGGAAUGAUCAUAUUUUCGAAAAAGAAUUAUAUCGCCUAUUUCUAAGUAUCAAACGUAAGAUGUUCUUUCUAAACACCGCUAAAC